CCGAAGAGCAUUCCCCUCAACAUGGCUGCUGGGAAAAAGGAGCUUUUGAUGUUGGAAAACUUCAUAGGUGGAAAGUUUUUACCCUGUAACUCAUAUAUAGAUUCUUAUGAUCCAUCCACAGGGGAAGUAUAUUGCAAAGUACCAAACAGCGGGAAAGAAGAGAUCGAAGCUGCCGUGGAGGCUGCCAGAGAGGCCUUCCCUGCCUGGUCGUCCCGGAGCCCCCAGGAACGCUCUCUGGUCCUGAACCGACUGGCUGAUUUAGUGGAGCAGUCACUGGAGGAGUUAGCCCAGGCUGAAUCUAAAGACCAAGGGAAAACUCUCACCCUGGCAAGGACCAUGGACAUCCCUCGGUCUGCUCAGAACUUCCGGUUCUUUGCCUCCUCUAUCCUGCACCACAUGACGGAGUGCACACAGAUGGACCACCUGAGCUGUAUGCACUACACUGUCCGCACCCCUGUGGGAAUCGCUGGUUUAAUCAGCCCUUGGAAUUUGCCACUGUACCUGCUGACCUGGAAGAUAGCUCCGGCCAUCGCUGCUGGGAAUACCGUAAUAGCCAAACCUAGUGAGCUGACUUCUGUGACCGCGUGGAUGUUGUGUAAAUUCUUGGAUAAAGCAGGUGUUCCACCGGGUGUGAUCAAUAUUGUGUUUGGAACAGGGCCCAGGGUUGGUGAGGCCCUGGUGUCCCACCCAGAAGUCCCCUUGAUUUCCUUCACUGGGAGCCAGCCCACAGCUGAGCGCAUUACCCAGCUCAGUGCCCCCCACUGCAAGAAGCUCUCCCUGGAGCUGGGAGGCAAGAAUCCUGCCAUCAUCUUUGAGGAUGCCAAUCUGGAGGAGUGUAUCCCAGCAACCGUGAGGUCCAGCUUUGCUAACCAGGGGGAGAUCUGUCUGUGUACCAGCAGGAUCUUCGUCCAGAGGAGCAUCUAUAGUGAAUUUCUGAAGAGGUUUGUAGAAGCUACCAGAAAGUGGAAAGUUGGGAUGCCCUCUGACCCGUCAGCCAAUAUGGGUGCUUUGAUAAGUAAAGCACAUUUGGAGAAAGUCAAAAGCUACGUGAUGAAAGCUCGUGCCGAAGGGGCCCAGAUUCUGUGUGGUGAGGGUGUGGACCAGCUGAGUCUUCCCCCCAGGAACCAGGCAGGCUACUUCAUGCUGCCCACGGUGAUAACAGAUGUUAAGGAUGAGUCCUGCUGCAUGAAGGAAGAGAUCUUUGGUCCAGUGACGUGUGUGGUCCCUUUUGACAGCGAAGAGGAGGUGGUUAAAAGAGCCAACAGCGUUAAGUAUGGGCUGGCAGCUACAGUGUGGUCAAGCAAUGUGGGGCGCAUCCACCGGGUGGCUAAGAAGCUCCAGUCAGGUUUGGUCUGGACCAACUGCUGGCUCAUCAGGGAGUUGAACCUGCCCUUCGGCGGGAUGAAGAGCUCUGGAAUCGGAAGAGAAGGAGCCAAAGACUCAUUCGACUUCUUCACUGAAAUAAAAACCAUCACCAUUAAGCACUGACUCCCCCCUGUGGAGAAGCAGCUGCGGCCAAUGCCGGACAACAGAAGCUCAUUCAUGGAAUGCAGUAGACAGAAAUCCUAGCAUGUGUUCAGCCAUGCCUUCAUGUGCCAGGAGACUAGCUUUUACUGACCUUCACUAGCUGGUAUUUUUACCGGCUUGUGAAUAAAAAAAUGCAGUUUUUAAUGUGGAGUGAGAACAAGGUUUCUAAAGAGGAGACGCAGCAAAGCCAACCAGCUUGCAGUCUCCCUGGUCCUCAUGUCAUGGCUGCAUAGAUGCCAUCGUUUGACUGGAUUCAGAGAUUUUCGUUUACAAAUAAAUGGCAAAACAAAAACAAAGGCCUACAAAGCUGGAGACCAGGAAGUUGGCUUGCUGUCCAAGCACGAACAACUGAGUUCAGACCCCCAACAUCGGUGUAAAAGCCUGACAUGCUGCCAUAUAACACCCGCCACAUCCAUGUGCGCACGCACACACACACACACAUAUACACACAACAACCACCACCGUCAACAACAACACCCGCAGCAAACCUGAAGAGGUCAGCCCCAACCCCCAUCAUUUUUUACCCCGAUGAAGCUGUGGAGAUGGUCGCCUUAACCCCCAGCCACUGGCAAACUGACUGAAGCUUGGCUGACCCCAUUAACAUCAGGAAGGGAUGGUUGUGAGGAGCUUGUAAGUGUCAUGUGUGACAGGUCUUACUAAACAUGUAUAGUAGGAACAGAGGAAAGCAAAGUAGAGGUUGCUUUUUAGAGAAAACUAGGAGCACAAAACCUAGUCUGAUCCGUUUCCACUGUCAAGCCCAGUCAACUCAAAGGAGCAAUAAAUUGUUCAUCAGUUUGA